AAAUAACACAGAAGAAGAACAACAACAAAGAGAAGCUCAGCCGAGAUCCACAAGUCAGAUGAGGAUUUAUCUGACAUUCACUAAAGCAACAAGUCUUUGAGAUCUGAACUCAGACCAGUGAAACUAACUCAGUCAUUGUUAUUGAGAGGUGAAACGGUACAGACAAUGCCUAAUCUGGAGCAAGAAAAAAUCUCCUGUUCCAUCUGUUUGGAUCUACUGAAGGAUCCAGUGACUAUUCCCUGUGGACACAGCUACUGUAUGAACUGUAUUAAAACCCACUGGGAUGGAGAAGAUCAGAGGAGAAUCUACAGCUGUCCUCAGUGCAGGAAAACGUUCAACCCAAGACCUGUCCUGCAGAAGAACAUCAUGCUAGCAGAGUUAGUGGAAGAUCUGAAGAACACUGAACUCCAAGCUGCUCCAGCUGAUCACUGCUAUGCUGGACCUGAAGAUGUGGCCUGUGAUGUCUGCACUGGAAGGAAGAUGAAAGCUGUCAGUUCCUGUUUAUCCUGUCCGGCUUCUUAUUGUAAAAGUCAUCUGCAAUCUCACUAUGAUGCUCCACCAUUAAAGAGACACAAACUAACAAAACCUUCCAAAAAGCUCCAGCAGAACAUCUGCCCUCGUCAUGAUGAGGUGAUGAAGAUCUUCUGUCGUACUGAUCAGCAGUGUAUCUGUUAUCUCUGCUCUAUGGAUGAACAUAAAGGUCAUGAAACAGUCCCAGCUGCAGCAGAAAGGACUGAGAAGCAGAAGAAGCUCCAGGUGAGUCAACAACAAAUCCAGCAGAGAAUCCAGGACCAAGAGAAAGAUCUGAGGCUGCUUCAACAGGAGGUGGAGGCCAUCAAUGUCUCUGCUGAUAAAGCAGUGGAGGACAGUGAGAAGAACUUCACUGAGCUGAUUCGUCUCAUCCAGAAAAGAAGCUCUGAUGUGAAGCAGCAGAUCAGAUCUCAGCAGGAAACUGAAGUGAGUCGAGUCAAAGAUCUUCAGGAGAAGCUGGAGCAGGAGAUCACUGAGCUGAAGAGGAAAGAUGCUGAGCUGAAGCAGCUCUCAAACACAGAGGAUCACAGCCAGUUUUUCCACAACUACCCCUCACUGUCAGCACUCAGUGAGUCUACACACUCAUCCAGCAUCAAUAUUCGUCCUCUGAGAUACUUUGAGGAUGUGACAGCAGCUGUGUCAGAGCUCAGAGAUAAACUACAGGACAUCCUGAGAGACACAUGGACAAACAUCUCACUGAUGGUCAGUGAGGUAGAUGUUGUACUGUCAGAAUCAGAACCAAAGACCAGAGCUGAGUUCUUACAAUAUUCUACAAAAAUCACUCUGGAUCCAAACACAGCAAACAGGAAGUUGUUAUUAUCUGAGGGGAACAGAAAAGUAACAAGAAUGAACCAACAACAGUCUUAUCCUGAUCAUCCAGACAGAUUCACAGAUCAUGAUCAGGUUCUGAGUAGAGAGAGUCUAACUGGACGUUGUUACUGGGAGGUGGAGUGGAGAGAAGGAGGAGUUGGUGUAGCAGUUUCGUACAAGGAUAUCAGGAGAGCAGGGUGGUCAGAUGAAUGUUUAUUUGGAUUUAAUGACAAAUCUUGGUCAUUUCACUGUUUCACAAACAGUUACACAUUUUAUCACAGCUACAUUGAAACUCCAGUUUCAGGGCCAGUUUCCUCCAGACUAGGAGUGUACCUGGACCACAGAGCAGGUAUUCUGUCUUUCUACAGCGUCUCUAAGAACAUGACUCUCCUCCACAGAGUCAAGACCAAAUUCACUCAGCCUCUAUAUGCUGGAGUUAGACCUAUCCUUUAUGGAGAUUCUGUUGUUUUUGUUAACCUGAAAUAGUCUGAACUGAUCUGAGGUCUGGUUGGUUUAUACACUGCUCAAAAAAAUAAAGUGAACACUCAAAUAACACAUCCUAGAUCUGAAUGAAUGAAAUAUUCUCAUUGAAUAUUUUGUUCUGUUCAAAGUUGAAUAUGUUGACAACAAAAUCAG